GUUCCAGCAUGAAGUUUGCUAAUGUGACAUUUUUCUCCGUUAUUGUGCUGAUCGGUAUCGCCAAUACAGCCUCCAUUCCCAGUAUUUCAGAUGAUAAUGAUCGUGAUCGCAGCAGUUUGGAUACUCUAUAUCCCAUUAUUCCAGAGCGAACUCAGAUUCCCAUCCGUAUACCCACGUAUGAUACAGCUUUAGAUAACCACAAACUAAGCAAAAGAGAUGCAAAUACGGCAAAAGAAAUCAAUGGCACCCAUCCACAGCUAUUGUCCGCUGAUUCUACGGAUGAAGUUUUUACUGCGUCUGCCGAACAUCGCGACAGACUAGUGUUCCACGCCAAGUUGACGUCCAUCGGCUACUGUGAUACAGUUAUUACAGGCGGCAAAUUUGAUUGUGACCAAUGCUCGAUUAUCAAGAAACCACACCUUGUAGCAACGUUCAACGAUGUCGCUCAUGAUACGGCCGGUUUCAUUGUUCGGGACGAUGAGGAGAAAAAGAUAUACAUGUCUUUUCGAGGUGCUUAUUACCAUCAGAACCCUCUAGAGGCGAUUUCUGUUCAACAGACCAGGUACGCACCAGUCCAAGAUGCGCUAGUGGCAACCUCGUCUUAUGACUCAUAUAUUGAGAUCCAAACACUGGUUAUACCAAUGUUUGCCAAGGAACUGGACGCACAUCCAGAUUAUACACUGGAAGUUUCAGGUUAUUCGCUCGGCGCUAAUACGGCUAUCUUUGCCGCGAUGGAUUUGUAUCAACGCGAGCGACGAAUCACCGCUGAUAAUCUUAGUAUCUAUAAUUUUGGCGGAUUUCGUCCCGGUAAUUCGGUAUUUGCAUCUUACGUGGAGGGAACAGGGAUCCCGUUUCAGCGGGUGGUGCAGUAUCGAGAUGCCGUGCCUCACUACCCACCUUCAGUUCUUGGCUUUUCUCAUGCUGGCACCGAAAAUUGGGUUUCUAAGGAUGGAAACAAAGUUUAUAUCUGCAAGGCUGAAUUAGAAAGCGCUCAAUGUUCGAAUUCGGCUCUUCCUGCCCCAGACUUGAGUUAUCAUUUGAGAUACCUCAAUGUCGAUAUGAAUGUAUGCGGCGAUUCUCAAUAGUGCACUCUGCAAUCCUUCAAACUUUUGGCAAGAUAAAUCGCGAAUUGCUUCACUUUGUAACAGUAAUAAUUAUUGUCACAUUGUGGCCAAAUGCAUUAUUUCAUUGUUGAGC